UCUUGUUACUCAGUUUGUUUACAUCGUGAGGAGAGUAAGGAUGCGGUCGAGUCUCCUCUGCUCAUUUUUCUUUAUUCUCGUCGCCACCCUCUCUAUCCAUGGCUACCGACCCAGGAUCAAGCAGGGCAAGGAGACCUGGGGCUACGUGAGCGUUCGCGAGGGCGCCCACAUGUUCUUCUGGCUCUACUACACCACGGCCGACGUCGACUACAAGCAGCGCCCUUUGGUCAUCUGGCUGCAGGGCGGCCCGGGCGGCUCCUCCACCGGCGUCGGGAACUUCCUGGAGAUCGGCCCGCAGGACCCACAGCUCAACAACAGGACCAGCGCUUGGACCAAGGAGGUCAACAUCCUCUUUGUGGACAACCCCGUCGGCACGGGAUUCAGCUACGUGGACGACGUGAAGCUCCUGACGAGGGAACAACCACCGCCAUAGCCGUCGACCUGGUGGAGUUCAUGAAGGCUUUUUCAA